AUGGCGCGAAACUCUGAGAAAGCGCAGUCGAUGCUGUUCCGCUUCCGCGAGGCGCAGGCCGCGGACCUGGGCAUCAUCGACGCGGGGCGGACGCGGCGGCCCAAGAUGAUCACGGAGCAGGACUCGAUCCCGGCGUGCGAGAAGUGGCGCGGGCAGGUCCUCAAGGAGAUCUCGCGCAAGGUCUCCCGCAUCCAGGACUCGGCGCUGAGCGACUACCAGAUCCGCGACCUCAACGACGAGAUCAACAAGCUGAUGCGCGAGAAGUACAUGUGGGAGGUGCAGAUACGGAACCUCGGCGGGCCGAACUACAUGCGCGGCGGAGGCAAGAUAUACGACGAGAGCGGGCGCGAGAUACCUGGUGCUGGCAAGGGGUACAAAUACUUCGGACGAGCAAAAGAAUUGCCCGGUGUCAAGGAGCUAUUCGAAGCGGCGAAAGCGAAGUCACAAGAAGAGAAGCCGUUAGAGACAAGGGACGAUUUGAGGAAACAAGUCGACGCGGCAUAUUACGGCUACAGCCCAGAUGAGGAGACCGAGAUACUAUUAGAGUACGAGGCAGAGAAGGAGAGAGAAGCAUUUGAGCACCUAGCCAAGACGGGACCAAAGGAUGUGCCACCGGACUGGGAGCCGUUACCAGGCGACUCGGGAGACGGCAAGAUUUGGGUGUUGCCGACUGUGGAGGAGGUCCAAGCGGAGCUCAUAGAAAGGAGGAGAAGAAAACUUCUCGACCAAAUCUAG